AUGAAAGAUCUUGUAGGAAGGUCAAAAAAUGAAAGAAAACUUGACGGGAUUUAUAAUCGUCAGAUAAAAGAAUUAAUAAUCAAUAAACAUAAGAAUGAAAAAAGAAAUAGCGAUAUAUUUUUAAACUUAAGCAAACGUAGUAAUAAUGAAAAUAUUCCUUUUCCAGAAAUAUAUGAAAAGGAUAAGAAAAAAAAAUAUAUGGAUUCAUUAAAAGGAAAUGUAGAAAAAAAUAAAAAUUUAGAAAGAAAAGAUAACAAUGAUGUUAUAAUUGAGGGUGAAAAAGAAAAAAAAUAUAAUAAUGAUAAUAUUAAUAAUAGCAUCAGUAAUAAUAAUAAUAAUGAUAAUAACAAUUCUGUUGUUACAAUAUAUAAAGGUAUAUAUAUGAUAAUAUAUAAACAUAUAUAUUCAAAAAAUAAAUUUUCUAAAAGUUUAACUAUUUUUAUUAAUCUUUGUAUUAAUUAUAUGAAUAAUGAUAAUAAACAUAUAUUCUUUUUUGCUUUUGAUAAGAUAAUCAAUACAUUUAAUGAGAAGUAUUUAUAUAAUGAUAAUCAUGAUAUUUUAAAAAAUAAUAUUUAUACAUUUUAUAAUAAUAAUGAGACACAUAUAAAAUGCAUGAUUUCUUUUUUUGAUAAAGUAAUAAAUAAAAUUAUAGAUAACCGUUUUGUUAUACAUAAUACAUAUGAAGAAAAUGAACAUGCAGAAAAAAAAAAAAAUACACAAGAAUUAUUAAAAACAGAUGAAAAUAUAACACCUUCAAAAAAACAAAGUAUUCAAAUAAAACAAAAUUGCUCAACGAAUUAUGAUUUAUGUGAAAAGGAAGAUACAACACAUCAUCAAACAAUAGUACAUAUAACAAAAGAAGAAAAACAAUUUUUAAAAGCAUUAAAAAUUAAAGUAUAUUACAUAAUUAUACUUUUUAAGUUAAAUGAUAAUUUUAUAUUUAAUAAACUUAUAGGAAUAUAUAGACAAAUUUUUGACGAAAUACAAAAGGAAUAUAAUAUGUAUGAGCACGAAGAAACCAUAAAAAAUAAUAAUAAUAAUAAUAAUAAUAGUUGUAAUAAUCAUAGUUGUAAUAAUCAAGAUAAUAUUAAUGACAAUGAAGAAAUGAUCAAAAAUUAUUUUCUAUUUCUUAAAGAUAAAUGGAUUCUACCAAAUGAAUAUCAAAUUUUUAAAAUGAAAAGAAAAGCAUUCGUUAAAUGUCUAUCAAAUUUAUAUCAUUUUAUAAACAUCAAAUGGGCUAAAACAUCUGUCGAAAGUUUACUUCAAGAUGUAUAUAUGAAAAAAUUUAUGUUUGACACUUCUGAUGAAAUUAUUAUAGAGAAUAUUCAAUCUUCUAUCAAAAACAACUUAAAUAAAAGAACAAGUAAAUUUGAAUCUUCUCAUGUUCUCUCCAUAGGGGAAUCAUUAAAUCCAGUAGUAGAUGCAAGAGAUGAAAAAAUUGUUUCCAUUCAUGGGUCACAUGUAUGGUCAAAUAAGCAAAUGGAUAGAUAA